UUUUGAAAAAAUGUAACCUGUACUUAAGAGUCAAAGAAUUAUAAUUUCAAAAAAGUGGGCAGACCUAAAGUUACAAGAUGCUGAAUUCAAAUCAGUUUUCAGAACUCUAAUCGCAUCAGUAGUUUUGUUAUUCUACACAAACGGGAUGUUUUUUAUGCACAAACGGUCGGUACCUAGACGUCUUAAAUUAAUUAUAAUUUACUUAUGUCUUAGGUGGGAGAAAAUACCUUUAAUUAUGAUAACUCAUUCUGUCUCAUAUUCAGUCUUAUCAUUAGAAAGUUUAUAACUAUCUAUUUGGCACUAAAGUUUCUUCAUUAAAAGAGAAACAUCAUAUAAUGGAACAAAAAAAUAUAUAUUUACUAGAUGGCAGUUUUACCAGCGGAGUUAAGCCUUAUGUUGACUUUGAGAGUUUAGUAAAACAUCCACUUUGGGGCUCCCAGUUACUUAAUUUAGACGAAGAAGCCGUGUACAACUGCCACAGAGAUUAUAUCAAAGCUGGAGUAGAUAUGAUUACAACAAAUACUUAUCAAGCAAGUAUUAAUGGGUUUCAAAAGUUCUUAGGUUUGAACUAUUGUGAAAGUUAUGAACUUUUGAAAAAAUCUGUCAAAUUAUGUAAAAAAGCCAUACAAGUAGAAGGCUUAGGAAAGUAUGUUAAAGUAAUGGGUUCUGUUGGGCCAUUCGGGGCUUCAAAGUGUGAUGGCUCAGAAUAUAGCGGGAAUUAUAUAGAUUCAAUGAGUACACAAGAAUUAUUAGAUUGGCAUAAACCUCGAAUUCAAGCAUUAAUUGAAGAAGGAGUAGAUUAUAUUCUUUUUGAAACUAUUCCUUCUAUCAGAGAAGCUAAAAUUUUAUUAAAAUUGCUCUCCAGUUUUCCAGAUCAAAAAGCAUGCUUAUCAUUUUCUUGUAGAGACGAACUUCAUAUAAGUCAUGGUGAAACAUUUUCAAGUGCUGUGGAAACAUGUUGGGCCUAUCAAAAUCAAAAACAACUCGUAGCCAUAGGUUGCAAUUGUGUAUCAGCUAGUAAUAUUACUUCUCUGUUACUGUCUGUUAAGACUGAAAAUGUUCCUUUAAUUGUUUAUCCAAAUGGUGGUGGUACUUGGGACAUUCAAAACAAAAAGUGGGACAAUUCAAAAGCAUAUCAAAUUAAUCUAGAUGAUAUUAUAUUAUGGAAAAGUAAAGGUCUCAAAAUAUUUGGAGGAUGCUGUGUUUAUGAUUCUUCAGAUAUUGCUCGAUUUAGAAAUUUAAUAGAUUCUAUUCCCCUCUAACAUAUAUUUUUGAUAUUUAGUAUUACUCUACAUUUUAUUAAACAUUGAUUCACACCUAUUUUUAAAUAGUUUAAUUAAAAAUAUUUUAGACGCAUGUUUAAGGAUUAUUUGGUUCCCUUAAUUAUAAAAGAUAUAUUUUAAUAUUGUCAUAUGGUUUUAAUUUUAUAGAAGAUAGUCUCAUAAAAGCCUGUAAAUUUAUAAUAAAAGUUAAUAAUUCCAAAAAAAUUAUAAAAUACACCUUGAUACAAUUGUG